CUCUCAUCCUCCACCACUACUUGACCCACCCUACUGUGCAGUAACACGCAGCAUGAGUCAAUACAACGACAACCCGUUCUAUGGGAAUACUGGCGGCGGAGGCGGAGGCGGCUACCUUGCGGGGGGCUCUCCUUUCGGCAGUGCGAACGGUAGUCCAGGAGGUCAGCUCCGCAAAGGAGCCCUUCACUCUCUUCGACCGGUUACAAUCAAGCAGUUGCUUAACGCCACGCAAGCACACUCAGACGCGGAGUGGACGAUCGAGGAUGCCGAAGUGGGCCAGAUCACAGUCAUAGCACAAGUCGUCUCGAUCAAUAGCCAAACAACAAAUUGUGUGUAUUGGCUAGAUGAUGGAACGGGACGGAUAGAGGCGCGGCAUUGGGUCGAGGUUGGGACAGAAGAUGAUGCAGAACGAUGGGGUGGCAUCACCGAGAACACGUAUAUCCGAGUCAUGGGGGGCUUGAAGUCGUUUGGGAACAAGCGAUACAUCAAUGCAAAUCACCUCCGCCUCGUCAAAGACCCGAAUGAAAUCCAGUUCCACCUCCUGGAAGCGUUCACGGUGGAACUGAUCUUCCAAAAGGGGGCGCCGUUGAGACCAAGCGAGGCUGGGUCUAAAGGAGCUGUAGCGAAUGGCCAGGGUGCAGCGUCUGCUUACAACCCCCAAUCGACAGCCACAGGCGGGAUGGAGCAAUACGCCCACUUGCCUUCGAUCCAGCGGCGGAUCGUCGAGUUCAUGAUGUCUCAGCCGCAACAAAACGAAGGGGUCCAUGUCGCUGCCAUCGCCCGCCACAUUGGCGGAGAAGCAAAUGCGAUCAGCGAGGCCCUGGACCGGUUGAUGGAUGAGGGCCAUGUAUUCACAACAAUAAACGACUCGCAUUUCGCGUUGUCACAUGAUCAGCCACGCAUACUAGCUAGCUCGUUGUCGUGGCCCGCCAUGGGCUUGCUUUGCAUGUAUGUUCUGCCAGAUGUAUACUAUCCGCGUUUGCUGUCGGUUAUGAAGUUGGUCAACAAGAUUUCACAACGCGUGUAUGCCUGUCACCGUCUCGGAGGAUGGUCAUCUCCGAGACUCGAGUAUGGUCCUAGAACAUGCGCCAAAGCGCCACGUCCAGGCUCAGAUGUGUUCAUGAGUCUGUACAAGUCGGUAUGA